CUUUUUCCAUCUCUAUGGUCACAAGGAGCUAGAGCGACAGCGCAACUGCGUCUGUGUCCACACAAUCUCCGGCAAGCGGAAAACAUAAGACUACAUUUCCCAGCAUGCCUCAUGGGCUUCACGUGACGACGGAAGCCGUGGUGGCUUUUUAUGCCGCUAGAUCCCUCGGCUUGUAGUACUGGAGAAGAAUUCAAGGACUAUUGUGAAGAAUGCAGUAAAGGAACAAUCUUCGGGAGGGCGAUGGAUUCCACUGCUGGCCUGCCCUCAUCCCCAGUGCUUCCAACCCACCAAUCAUUGCACUAUUCCAUAUUGUCUAAGAACAUGGGCUGGAGCCGUAGCAGAGGCUCUGACUGGCAACAGGAUAGAGCACAGCAAGUGUCAUGGAGCAAGUCAAGCCCAGGAGUAAGGAGGUGCCGGUCAGCACCCUUUGCUUUCAAGCGCCAUCUGGAGAACAGAGAUCAGGAACCCAGUUCCAAACACUUCCUCUCAGAAGACAAGAUGGCGACCCGUUUCAACUCCCUUAGCCUGGACAAUGACCACGUUUACAGUUCCAAUGGCUUCCCUAUCCAUAAUGAAGACCCCAUGUGGCAGCAGGCGUACACACAACUGAAAGAGCUGCAGCAGAGGCUCUCCCAAGAUGGAGAGAGUGAAGAAACCAGCUCAACAGAUGAAUAUGAAUCCAGCAAUGUAAUUGUGGAUGGGGAAUUCCUCAUGGCAGACUGCCCCAUGCUGACACAUCCUUCCUUCUUACAAGAAGGCUUUGGCAGAAUCAGCAUCAUACCGGAAGAAAUAUUCCUCUCUCUGAACCCUUGUACUGAAGUCGUUCUGUGGAGCCCCCAUGAAAGUUCAAGCUUGCGCACUAUCCGAACCCUGAUGUCGCUACCAUCUUCCGUGAGCUCUCCUCCACAACUUCAGCAGGACGUGUCGGUGAAACAAGAGGAAAUGGAAGCAUGAGCCUUCGUCCAUCUUGUUAUUCUGCCUUUUCAAGGCUAGAAUUGUCUCUUCAGUUGACGUGUCAGAUGUCAAACAAAUGGCAUUAUUAUCUAGCCACACGUGGUACCCACAGAUGUUUUCCAUCAGUAUAUCAACUUUCAAUGUCUUCAGUCAAUUGCAAUAAUCCCAUCUUCUCUCUUCUCCUAGAUAGGAAGCAUGUAUGCAGCCAUUUCUGGUGUACAUCUUGUCAUGUGCUGCUGUUUCUCUUCCAAUAGGAAACAAGGCAACACAGACUAAAAGUGCUGAGAGGGUGCCAGAUGGUGCUAUGACUUCAAAUCUGUUUCAAAACAGAUUUUUAAAUUUUUUUAUACCUUCUCAGAGGUCAGACUUUAGCUUGCAGCAGAAAGAUAAAGGAAGGUCAACCAACAGUUCUGUCUUGACCUUUCAUGUAAGAAAAACCUUCUAAACCAGAGGUUGUUAACCCCCGGUCCGCGGCCCGGUGCCAGAUCGGGCCAUGGAGACAGAUCUUCCCCCCCCCACUCCCCUCCCCACAGCUG